AUGUGUAACAGUGAGAGCAUCUCCCAGCAAAUUUCCCUCUUUCGUUCUCUGGUACAGAACAGAAGAUUUGAUGACGGGACUCUACGCAUUCUGGAGUCGGUUUUGAUCAUCAGAGACGUGAAAUCGCUGCUAGAUGUCCGGUCGAGUGUGAUAGACUUCAUGAGGCAUGAAUCUCUAUGCGUUCUUCGAGAGUUUAAGGAGAAAUCUGUUAAUCAGCAGCUUCUGAUCCUAGAGUUUUUUGUUCGCGCUUUUGCACUUUCCGGCGAUGUAGAGAGUUGCUUGGCUUUGAGAUAUGAGGGAUUGGUUCUACGCGAACUGAAAUCUGUUACAGAUCACUGGCUACAGGUUUCAUACAGAGAAUGGUUCAUGUUUGCUGAGCAUGCCCUCGAGAAUAAGUUUUAUGCUAUUGCGAGAAAGGUGGGUACCAAUAUCUGUGUUUGGCAUGUGUUUUUGGUCGACGUUUCUAUGAUAGCAUGUGAGAAAGCACUUGCAUGCUUUCAAACAAAUAAUAUGGUCAAAAUAAAGGACACAGAUGCAUUCUCUGAAGACAUGGAAGCAAUUAGAAAAGUGAAGAGACUGAAGGACAUAGCUAUGGUCAAAGCUGCGUCACAAUCUGGAAAUCUAUUACACUUACUGGUGUUUGCAUGGAUAUCAUGGUUGAACUUUUUACAUGGGACAACACUUCUAUUUGGUGCUAAUUCCUCAUUGCAUAAGCUGUUUGAUGAGAAAUCAGUCCAGGCACAGGCAGUAGAAUACUUGGAAAGGAAAAUAGCCAAACAUGACAAAGUUACCAUGCUCGUCUUCAAAGAGAAGCAGCAUUCAGCUAGCGUUCGGUUCAGGAAUGGAAUUAAGGAGCAUAACGCACGAAAACUUAAAGAACUUCGAAGGUUAUAG